GACGUCGUAUGGCUGAGAUCGCCUUUGAUGACAUAAAAUGCUCGCCCUCAGGCUGUUCCUGGUAACAGCAACAGCAAUGGAGAUGAUGGGUUGUAUGUGGAUGAGGCGAAUCAGAGUUACAGCCAAUGCUCUCCUCAUAGCCAUGGCCUCCUCCUCCUCCUCUUCCUCCUCCGUUACAGUUGCAUACUCGCGCCACUACGCUCCCCUUUCCUUCUCUUAUUCCUUCUCCACCUCCCACCGUCGCUCUAUCUCAAUCUCAGCCCCUUCCUCUUCCUCUGCAGCCGCUCCUCUUUCCAUCCACGACACUGACAAUCUCCACGACUUCGUGUAUGAGAAUCCAGAUAAGGGUUCAAAGGUGCUUCUCAAAGGAAUGACUUAUCCUGAACUUGAAGAAUGGGUUCAAUCACAUGGAUUCAGGUCAGGUCAGGCCCUGAUGCUAUGGAAGCGCCUCUAUGGAAAUGACAUUUGGGCACAUAAUGUUGAUGAACUAGAAGGUUUAAACAAAGAUUUCAAGAAAAUGCUGAGUGAACAUGCUACAUUCAAGGCACUAUCUUUGAAAGAUAUUCUAAUUGCCUCUGAUGGAACUAGAAAGAUUUUAUUCACAUUGGACAAUGGACUGGUAAUAGAAACAGUUGUAAUACCCUGUGAUAGAGGCAGAAAUACUGUUUGUGUUUCAAGUCAAGUGGGCUGUGCCAUGAACUGCCAAUUCUGCUAUACUGGCAGGAUGGGUUUGAGGAGACAUCUAACUGCUGCGGAGAUCAUAGAGCAGGCUGUAUUUGCACAGCGAUUGCUUUCAAGUGAUGUUGGUCCCAUUACAAAUGUUGUGUUUAUGGGAAUGGGAGAGCCACUUCAUAAUGUUGAAAAUGUGAUAAAAGCUGCUGACAUCAUGGUGCAUGAACAGGGUCUUCACUUCAGUCCUCGAAAGGUCACUAUUUCUACUAGUGGGCUUGUUCCUCAGUUGAAACGCUUUCUUCACGAGUCCAAUUGUGCCUUGGCUGUUAGUUUGAAUGCUACAACUGAUGAGGUUAGAAAUUGGAUUAUGCCAAUUAACCGGAAGUACAAGCUACGCUUGCUUCUUGAGACCCUCCGGGAAGAACUGAGGUUCAAAAGUAACUACAAAGUACUAUUUGAAUAUGUAAUGCUUGCUGGAAUAAAUGACAGCAUGGAGGAUGCAAGGAGGUUGAUUGAUCUUGUUAAGGGCAUUCCAUGCAAGAUCAAUCUCAUCUCAUUCAACUCUCAUUGUGGAUCCCAGUUUAGACCAAGCAGUGAUGAAAAGAUGAUCGAGUUCAGAAACGUUUUAACUCAAGGUGGUUGUACCGUUUUCUUGAGACCAAGUCGAGGUGAUGAUCAGAUGGCUGCAUGUGGUCAGCUUGGCAAGCCUGGUACAAUUCAGGCCCCAUUACUCCGCAUUCCAGAGCAAUUCAAAACGGCUCUAAACGUACCUGCGUGAUUUCUUGCAUCAAACCGAUCUAGCAGCCUAAUCUAAUCGGGAAGAUGAAACAUAAGCAUCAUCUGAAUUCAAUUAGAAGACCAUUUAAUCCUGUAAUGCUUUGAAGUAGCAAACUGGUAGUACAUAAGUGAAUGGUUGUAUUGGUGUUACCAUGAAUACGGGAAAUCAGAAAAAAUUUCCCCCUUCUUUGGCCCACGAAAUCACAAAAUUCUUGGGACCAUCUUUUUCCUUCUAUUUCUUUUUGGUAAGACUUUGUUUCUUUAAUAGAUCCUUAGAGCAUGU